CGGACCCAAGGCCCAACUCGGCUUCGUGUUCUUCCCCAACCCACCACUAGGGAGCGCCGUCCUCGCCUCCGGCUCUCCGCCUCUCCCCUCGCAUACUCUCCUCCUCGCAGCGCCACCCGCGAAACCCUAGCCCCGUCUCCACCCAGAGGGAGGGAGAGUGAGAGAGAGGCCUUCUUCGUCGUCGGCUGCGGAGCCAGGAUGUCGUCGGCGUUCGGGUACCAGAAGGGCGGCGACCUCGAGGCGGGGACCUCGGGCGCCCCGGGGCCGCGGGCGCUGUACCCGGGGAUGCAGGAGAGCCCAGAGAUGCGCUGGGCGCUCAUCCGCAAGAUCUACGUCAUCCUCUCGCUCCAGCUGCUCCUCACCGCCGCCGUCGCCGCGGUCGUCGUCAAGGUCCGCGCCAUACCGCACUUCUUCACCACCACGCACGCCGGGCUCGGUCUCUACAUCUUCCUUAUCAUCCUCCCCUUCAUCGUGCUGUGCCCGCUUUACUACUACCACGAGAGGCACCCGGUCAACCUGAUUCUGCUUGGCCUCUUCACCCUCGCCAUCAGCUUCGCUGUGGGCAUGACAUGCGCCUUCACCAGUGGCAAGGUCAUUCUGGAGUCUGCAAUUCUGACAACAGUGGUUGUCCUUAGCCUAACUGCUUACACUUUCUGGGCUGUGAGGAGGGGCAAAGACUUCAGCUUCCUGGGUCCUUUCCUGUUCGCCUCCCUCAUAGUGCUGCUUGUGUUCGCAUUCAUCCAGAUCCUGUUCCCACUGGGCAAGCUCUCUCAGAUGAUCUACGGCGGGCUGGCCUCACUCAUCUUCAGCGGGUACAUCGUCUACGACACGGACAACAUCAUCAAGCGCUUCACGUACGACCAGUACGUCUGGGCCGCCGUCUCCCUCUACCUGGACGUCAUCAACCUCUUCCUGUCCCUGAUGACCCUCUUCAGGGCAGCCGACUAGGCGCGCCGCUCUCUUGUCCUACCUCGUACCUACGCUUCGGGUCUGUCCCGUGUGAAUACCGUACGUUGGUACCUGAAUGCUCACCGGUUAACCUCCUUUGCCCAGAAUUCCGGUCCCUAGAAUUGUAUAGCUGCGUUGCCGGACUACUAGUAUGGUCGUGUUCGUCGUUGCUGAGUCGUGUCGGUAUCAUGCUAUCAUCUGCGUAGAGAUCACGGAUACAUUGUAAUGGUCGAAUCUGUGCGUGGAGACGUGGUGAUGGAUUUGGGUUGCUUAUGACAUGGUGGUUGGUUUAACAUUGGAGGAGUUUGGAUGGAUGUCUGCUUUA